AUGCUGGCUAUGCACAAUAAGUACGGUCCAGUCGUCCGCAUUGGCCCAGAUAAGCUAUCAUUCAGCAGUUCGCAGGCUUUCCAGGAUAUUUACGCAGCAAGUCCGAAUAAGCCACAGUUUGCUAAAGAUUCUAAGCUCUACGCGGAAAAACCGAACGGCAUUCGCGAUAGUCUCAUUGGAAUCCUGGACAACGAGACUCACUCGAGACAUCGCCGCCUGUUGUCUCAUGCUUUCUCAGACAAGUCUCUACCUGAAAAUGAAGGGAUUGUGAUAUCCCUAGUCGAUUUGUUUUUCUCCCGACUCCCCGAGCGAACCAUUAAGGGAAAAGGUCACAAAGCCAAGGAAAAUAUGACAGAUUGA